AUGAGCGCCCUACCCCGCAAUCGAUCUCUCAAUGGAUGCGACACUUGCCGCACUCGCCACGUAAAAUGCGAUGAGAAGCGUCCGGCAUGUGACAUGUGUCAACGAAGUCAUCUGGUAUGCCGAGGAUAUCAGUCGCGCGUGCAAUUCCUGUUCGACGGUAUGACAAACGGCGUCGUCGCCGACAGGCUAGAUGACACGCGCUUCCGCCGGCCGCUUUUCACGGAAAUGGAGCGACAGGAGAUGAGCGACUACAUGCGGGCGAGCAUGGGUCGCACCCCGGCGAGUAAGGCCUUGACAAGCUUGGACGAGCAGUCUCAACGCUGGCAGUACUUGCACGAGGAUGAGCUCUCUAUUGCCCACGGACCGUUCUCAGUCUUAAAGCUAGCUCAGGCUCCCACAACGCCAAAGCAGGUUCAAGUGCCAGAAGUCGAGUUUUCGGAGUACAUAAGCCCGCCCGGAACUGAUUCCCCGCGGCCUCUCCAACUAGAAACUGCAGAGGGCACUUCGAAUUCACCAGAUCAUCUUCUGGAAAUGGCCUUGGGAGGUGACACCACCCUGGACUUACUGGAAUUGAUGGACUCAGACUUCAAUGAAGCCUUUCCUGACACUGCGUCUCUUUUUACCGACCUGCAUGCGGUUGGCCAAGCGGACGAUGGCUUGCUACCAUCUGCCGGUCUCCUUGAUAUUCCAAAUCAUUCCAUGGCUGAACAAGCGCAUCACGGCUUGUUACCGUCGCCCAUUCCUCCCUCGCUUCCCUUGACUACUCUCUCUGAGCGCUUAGUGCCUCAAGAUGCAGGCUUUCUUCUCAUGCACUACAAAGACCACAUUAUAAAGCUGCUAUCCCCCCUCAAAUAUCAUCGCAAAACGCCUUGGAACGUCCUGCAGUUGCCCUGCGCAAUGAACACAUUUGCAGAGCUAACACUAGGUAACCAUCCUAACAACGCAAGGAAUGCCGUUUUCAAUGGGUUGCUGGCCAUCAGUGCCUUCAACUUCACCAAUGCAUCUUCUGGAGACGCAGUGACUUACUGGAAGGGCGUAGGCGACCUUUACAAAAGACGAGCGCACGAAUUCUUGAAGCUUUCGUUGAGGCAUGAGGUAUCGGAACCCAAGAGGGCGAAGUACAAAGAAGUGUUGAUGGCAAUGUUGUCAAUGGUGACACUUUCGAUUCUGGUCGGGGACAUCGAAAGCACGCGAUCUUAUCUUUUGGACGCUGAACGAUUGGUAUGUUUCAAAGGUGUACAGAAGCCCAAAAAGUCCAGAAAAACAAGGCUUCUCCACCACUACUAUGGGUACACACGACUUUUCUUCGAAAGCACCUCGGUAUCCGCAGGCACUACUAGAGCGAUACGUAAUGAGGCCAGGAUGAGGGAUGAGAUCAGGCAAUUCCAACCUAGUACCGUCUUUCGAUUCUCGGACUGGGGCUUCAACGAAGAACAGCGAAUGCUGGAAGACAAAAACCCAGAACUUGGACAAAACGACAUGCACCUUGAACUCCCAGGAAAGUGGGAUCUAACCAUGUAUCCGCACAUAUAUGGUAUUCCGGAAACAUUCUUGUUUCUUCUCUCGCAAGCGACACGGCUCGGCAAUGAACGGGAGGCGAUGGAGGCUCACCCGGAUGACUAUCCUGCCACGAGCGUAAACACUCUGUUUCAGUGUGUGAAAGCAGUCGAGAAGCACAUUUUUGAAUGGGCGCCACCAGCUUGUGGUUAUCCAGAAGGUUACGAUGCUACGGUUGAUCCUAGCUUGCUCGACUCAAAUCGCCGUGUCGUACACCACUUGCUUCUUUCCCUGCACCAAGCACUCAUUAUAUUCUUUUACCGGCGGGUGUACGAUGUGAACCCGAUGAUUCUCCAACAAUAUGCCGAACAGACAAUUUAUCAUCUCAAAAAGAUUGAAGAGGAAGACCAAGCAACAGGAGGUUAUACAGCUGGUACUGUCUGGCCUGGAUUUAUUGCCGGCUGCGAAGCUCUCAGCACACAACUCCAGGAGAAAUUCUCAUUGUGGUUCAAGAGCUCUGCAACAGCGAGUGGACUGCCCGUUUUCGGUACGGCCAAAAAGAUUGCAGAAGGCGUCUGGACGAAGAGGGUCCAAGGAGGCGACAACAACAUCAGUUGGCCAACGUUAAUGCGAGAACAACAUUUGACCAUAUUGUGUAGCUGA